AGUGGGCUUAUGUCCACCGAGUCACUCAGCGCAAAUCUGCAAGCAGCCCAAGAAGGGUUUAGACUUUAGAGGAAGGGGACAACGGAACCCGUCGAUGGCGGCGGCUGCUGGCGGCGUGCGGCGAGCCCUCGCGGCGCUGCGCUCCGGUUCCCCGUCUACUAUCUCUGCAACGCUCUCCCGCCAGGCGGCAGCUCGCUCUCUGGAGCUAGCGGCCGCGUCCCUGCCGCGCGCCUCUCGCCGGCGCCUCGCGAUCUCGAGGGUGCCGGUUGCGGCGCUCGGCGGCGUCCAGGCUUCGCUGAUGCCGAUGCACAACGCCACCGCGUCGGCGCUGCUCACCUCCAUGCUCGGGCUUAAACCUGGCUCUUGGGGCUGGCUCUCCGAAGGAUUUGCUACACCUCUAUAACAGGAAAAAGGAGUAUCCGUGAUAAGUGCCUGUUUUUAAACCUUUGCACUAGAGGAUUCCAAAAACAUUUUUACAUGCCUUGCGGAGUACACCCUUGGACUUCUGCUGAUGGAAUCUGUACUAAAAUCUGCGACAAAAAACUUAUGGUCCUAUGUCCCAAUUAUCUUGGUUCUACUAUAUCCAUCGAAUUAUUCGCUUUCCACGCUAUCUCCUUUUCCUUGUCUCGUGUGGCAUUGCCAUGGGAUUCUAAUAUGACAUCAGCAUGGCUAGUAUCAAAUAUUUGUUAUCCGAAGCAUCAAAGCACCAGUAUGAAUGAUCUAUAUCCAUCGAAUUAUUCGCUUUC